AUUUUUUUGAAUGAGUGAAAUAAAUGAAUCAAUAAUAGAAGCUCCUUUAAAGGCUUUACUUGAAGAUGUAAAUAUUUAUAUUAUGAUGAAAGGUAUUGUUUUGUUUAGAAGGAUAUUUAGAAGGUUAAAAUGAUUUAAAGAUGAUUGAAAAUUAAUUAAAAGAUUAUGAUACAUUGGUUGGACUAGUGAAAAUAAUAGGGAAUGUUUUUAAGACAUUAAUGAAGAAAGUAGAGAAGAAGAUGAAUCAAUUAAAAAUGAACAUAAAUGAUAAUAAUAGUUCUUAUAGAAGUUAUCAUGCUGAAGAAGAAUAUGAGAAAUUGGAAUAAAUAAUAUAAAAAUAUGAAGCAGAAAUAAGAGGACAUAUAAGUGUAAGAAACAUAUAUAUGAUUUUAUUAAAGAUUGAAUAAUAAUUGAAAUUGUAUAAUGAGAGUUUGUAAUAGAAGAUUGAAGACAUGGAAAAAUAACAUAAAGAGACAAUAGAAUAAAUGCAUAAACAAAUGAAUAUAUUAAAAAAGGAUUUAGGUAAAUCUACAGAGAGUUAAAGAUAAUUAAUUAAAGAAAAUGAACAUUUGAGAGAAUCUGUAGAACAUCCUCCAAAAACUAUUAUGCAUACUGAAGGAGAAAUUAAUGGGAGAAUUAAAGAUAAAAAGUAAAUUGUAUAAAUUUAUUAGUUUUGUCAUUCAGAUCAUAGAUCAAAGAAGAUAGAUUAUAGUAGUGAAUAUCCUACAUCAAGUAUUAAUUUACAAUCUUAAAACUCUAUUAGACAUUCUAUUCCAUUUAAAUCUCAAUCCUAACAUCAUAAAUCAAUCAAAUUAAACAAUUAGAUUUAACAUCGUAAUUCAUAAGAAUAAGAUUUAUUUAUUAAGUAUAAUUAACUCUUAAAAUAACAUGCUUAAUCUAUAACCUAAAGAUCUUAAAUUAUAUAAGCUAGUUAAUAUUUACUCAAAGGAGGUUUUGUAAAUCAUAAUAAGUAGAGAAAUACUCUUAAUAUUAUAUCUGAUAUAUGUAAUGCUUAAUAAUAAAAAUCUUCAUAAAGAAAUAAAAGUCAAGGUAAUAGUUCUAAAACUGGAAAUAACAAUAAUUCUUAAAAUAAUAUCAAUGCUAGUAAUAAAACUACUACCCAAAAGAUUAUAUCAGAAACAUCUAAAACUAAUGAAGCCAUUUAAAGAUUACUAAAACUUAAAUGA